GACGCUUGGUACUUCCGCUUUGUACACAGCAGUUAGCUAGCCGCGCACAGUGUGUGUGAUACAGCGUUAUUCUUCUCAUUCCUGUGUCUGCAGGUGUCUUUUAAAGAUGAACACGGUUCUGUCCAGAGCGAACUCUUUGUUCGCCUUCUCUCUGAGCGUCAUGGCGGCGUUAACCUUCGGCUGUUUCAUCACGACAGCUUUCAAAGACAGAAGAGUUCCUGUGGACAUCCACGUCUCCAAAGUCAUGCUGAAGAACGUUGAUGACUUCACAGGGCCCAGAGAGCGCAGUGAUCUGGGUUUCAUCACUUUUGACCUCUCAGCCAAUUUGCAGCCAAUUUUUGACUGGAACGUUAAACAGUUGUUUCUCUACCUGUCUGCUGAGUACGCCACAAAGAGCAAUUCUCUGAAUCAGGUGGUGCUGUGGGAUAAAAUCGUCCUUCGAGGAGAAAAUACCAAACUGAACCUCCGAGACAUGAAGUCUAAAUACUUCUUCUUUGAUGACGGGAACGGGCUCAGAGCCAAUAAGAACAUCACUCUGAUGCUGUCAUGGAAUGUCGUUCCCAAUGCUGGAAUCCUGCCUCUAGUGGCUGGAAGUGGACACGUCAGCCUCCCUUUCCCAGAUGCAUACGAGGCCACAAAGAGCUAUUAGACUGACACAAAAACAUAUGCAGCCAGUUUAACAUGCACCGCACAUACACUGAUGAAACUAAUGAUUCACACACACAAUACACUGGUUUGUCUUCAUACCUUUAAAUGAAUAUUUGGUUUGUAAUAAAAGUGGAGAUUGGAA